AUGGCGACAGCCCCACCGACAGCUUCCCGCAGCAGAGGGGAUGUUCUCCUCCUGGUGAGGCUGGACAAGCUCUCAGAGGUUGCCAAGGUGAACACGGACGCCAUCCGCUUGGCCCAGGAGGAGAUCUGCGAGUACCGCCGCCAGCUCCAGUCCAAGACCACCGAGCUCGAAGCCCUCAAAGGGACCCAGGAGUCACUGGAGAGGCAAAGACAGGACUCGGAGGAGCGCCAUCAUGCAGAUGUCCUGUCCUACCAGGAAACCAUCCAGCAGCUUGAUAGCGAGCUGAGGAACACCAAAUGGGAGAUGGCAGCUCAGCUCCGGGAGUACCAGGAUCUUCUCAACGUCAAAAUGGCCCUGGACAUUGAAAUUGCUGCCUACAGAAAGCUCUUGGAAGGGGAGGAAUAUCGGAUCGAGUCUGGCUUUGGGAUGAUCUCCUUCCCUGAGGUGGUCCCCAAGGCUCCCAGCAUCACCACCAACAUCAAAGUGAAGAGUGAGGAGAAAAUCAAGGUGGUGGAAAAAUCUGAGAAGGAGACAGUGAUUGUGGAGGAGCAGACAGAGGAAAUCCAGGUGACCGAGGAGGUCACAGAGGAGGAUGAGGCGGAGAAAGCUGAAGAGGAGGAAGAGGAGGAGAAAGCUGAAGCAGAGGGUGAAGAAGAGGAGAAAGCUGAAGCAGAGGGUGAAGAAGAGGAGGCCAAGUCUCCUGCAAAAGAGGAGGUCAAGUCCCCAGAGAAACCUGAGUCCCCCUCAAAGGAAGCAGCCAAGACGCCAGCUGUCAAGUCCCCAGAAAAGCCACCAACCCCCUCAAAGGAAGAAGCCAAAACCCCAACCAUCAAGGCCCCUGAAAAGCCACCAACUCCCUCAAAGGAGGAGGCCAAGACCCCAGCAGUGAAGUCCCCAGAGAAACCUGCACCCCCCUCAAAAGAAGAGGCAAAGACUCCAGCUGUGAAGUCUCCAGAGAAACCGUCACCCCCCUCAAAAGAGGAGGCCAAGCCCCCAGCUGUCAAAUCCCCAGAAAAGCCCCCGACCCCCUCAAAGGAGGAGGCCAAGCCCCCAGCUGUCAAAUCCCCAGAGAAACCCUCACCCCCCUCAAAAGAGGAGGCCAAGACCGCAGCUGUGAAGUCCCCAGAGAAACCUGCACCCCCCUCAAAGGAGGAGGCCAAGACUCCAGCUGUGAAGUCCCCAGAGAAACCCUCAGCCCCCUCGAAAGAAGAGGCCAAGCCCCCGGCUGUGAAGUCCCCAGAGAAACCUGCACCCCCCUCAAAAGAGGAGGUCAAAAUUCCAUAUGUCAAAUCCCCAGAAAAACCCCCAACCCCCUCCAAAGAGGAGGCCAAGACCCCAGCUGUGAAGUCCCCAGAGAAGCCACCAACCCCCUCAAAGGAGGAAGCCAAGACCCCGACUGUGAAGUCCCCCGAGAAAGUCAAAUCUCCUGUGAAGGAGGAGGCCAAGUCUCCGCAGAAGGAAGCGGCUCCGGCCAAGGAGCCCACCCCCUCCCCUCCAAAGGAGCCGAAAGCCCCUCUGAAGGAAGAGCAGCCCAAGGAGGCAAAGACUCCUUCCAAGCCCGGAGCUGAGGAGGGCAGGAAAGAGGAAGCUCCCAAGAAAGAUGUCCUGGCCAAGGUGGAGGAGAAGCCAAAAGAGAAGGCAGCUGCUGUGCUGGAGCCUCCAGCUCCACAGGUGAAGGAGACCACCAAGCCAGGCCCCAAACCGGCAGAAGAAGGAAAGGCUGAGAAGGAAGCUCCACCAAAACCUCAACAGGAGGUCAGCAAAGUGGCUGCAAAGGAGGCUGAGAAGCCAAAGGUUGAGGAGAAGGUGGAGGAGCCCAAGAAGGAGAAGGUGGAGGAGCCCAAAGCUAAAGCGAAACCCAAAGAUGAGCCCAAAGCCAGUAAAGAGCCCCCCAAAGCCGAGGUCCCCUCCAGCAAGGAGGGCAAAGCCCCGGAGCCGGUACCCAGCGCUGGGAAGAAGUGA